UCUUAAUAUACAAUUUUGUGUAUUAAGUUUUGACAAUAAGCAGAGUAGUGCCACACCCUCUUCAAUUCCAUUUGUUCAGCGACUAAGGGGCCCACCUAUGAAUGCCUUAAGAACAGUUUGGUUAGCAAAGGGAAAGUUAAUUGACUGGGUUUUUUCAAUUACAAUCCAGCCAAUCUUCAACAUCCCGUUUUUUCCCUCUUAAUUAUACAUGCAUAAAGGGGAAUACGAAAUCCCUCUAAUUUGUUUCUGUAUCUGAAUUCUGAUCGAUUUUUUAUUUUUUCAAUUUCUUAUCGAAUUCUUGUUUGAGGGGGAGAGCAAGAUGUGGGUGUUUUAUUUGAUCUCGCUGCCAUUAACCCUAGGCAUGGUGCUUUUGACUUUGAAAUACUUCUCCGGCCCGGACGUGCCACGUUACGUAUUGUUCACGGUGGGAUACACUUGGUUCUGCUCGAUUUCGAUCAUCAUUCUUGUUCCCGCCGACAUUUGGACGACUAUAGUUGGUCAUGGUAAUGGCGGUAUCUCUUUCUUUUGGAGUUGGUCAUACUGGAGCACCUUUCUGCUCACAUGGCUUGCUGUGCCCCUCAUUCAGGGUUAUGAAGACGCUGGGGAUUUUACUAUGAUAGAUAGAUUGAAGACUAGCAUUCAUGUAAACUUAGUCUUCUAUUUAAUUGUGGGGUCCAUCGGUCUUUUUGGACUUAUUCUCAUCAUUACUACGCACAAAAAUUGGAUUGGGAGUAGAGGCAUAUUGGGGUGGGCAAUGGCUUGCUCAAAUACAUUUGGACUUGUGACUGGUGCAUUUCUUCUUGGUUUUGGUUUGAGUGAGAUUCCUAAAGGUAUUUGGAGAAAUGCUGACUGGACAAUUCGACAUAAAGUUCUUUCCCACAAGAUAGCCAAAGUGGCUUUGAAACUUGAUGAUGCUCACAAAGAAUUGUCAAAUGCCAUUGUGGUUGCCCAAGCUACAUCAAAACAGAUGACCAAACUAGAUCCACUAAGGCCACACAUGGAUGUCAUUGACAACAUGUUAGUGCAAAUGUUGAAAGAAGAUCCUUCCUUCAAGCCACAAGGGGGGAGGUUGGGAGAAAAUGACAUGGACUAUGAUACAGAUGAGAAAUCAAUGGCAACACUAAGGCGUCACCUUCGGGGAGCUCGUGAGGAGUAUUAUCGAUGCAAAAGCGAGUACCUGAUUUAUGUCAAAGAGGCUCUUGAAUUAGAAGAUACAAUAAAGAAUUAUGAAAGACGCAGUAUGACUGGAUGGAAGUUUAUCUCAAGCUUCCGACCUGAACGCACUGGUAAACUUGGGCAGUUCCUUGACAUGGCUGAACUUGUACUUCAUUAGNGUAUCUUGCAAAAGCAAUUGGAAAAAAUCUUGGCCGUCAUUCUUGGCUGCAUGUCAGUUGCAAUUCUCCUGGCUGAGGCUACUUUGCUGACCAAUGGGGUUGAUUUAUCUUUAUUUUCUAUCCUCAUAAAAUCUGUAGGACCUGAAGAGGUUCUGGUGCAGGUCAUUGCAUUUGUUCCUCUGAUGUUCAUGUGUGUUUGCACAUAUUACUCACUCUUCAAAGUUGGAAGGAUGAUGUUUUAUUCAUUGACACCAAAACAGACAAGUGCCGUCAGCUUGCUUAUGAUAUGCUCGAUGGUUGCUCGUUAUGCUCCUCCAAUUUCAUAUAAUUUUCUGAAUCUCAUUAGUCUUGGUGAUGGCAAGAAGACUAUUUUUGAGCAGCGCAUGGGAAACAUUGAUAAAGCUGUACCUUUCUUUGGCGACGGGUUUAACAGCAUUUAUCCUCUUAUCAUGGUCAUAUAUACCAUUUUGGUGGCAAGCAAUUUCUUUGAUAGGAUCAUCAGCUUUUUUGGCAAUUGGAAGAUUUUUAAGACGGAAUCAGAUGACAUGGAUGGGUUCGAUCCAUCUGGUUUGCUUAUACUGCAGAAAGAAAGGACGUGGUUGGAACAAGGACACAAAGUUGGUGAGCAUGUUAUUCCAUUGGCUCGAAACUUCAAUGAUGUGAGCUUGGAUCUUGAGUCGGGUGUUAAUAGCAACGUAUCCAUAAGCAACAAAUACACCGCCAUUAGAGAACAAAACAAGUCGUCACCACAUAACAACAACACAAAACUGACAGAGAGCAUCUCCUCUGCAAAAGUCUCGCUGCUCAAAAGCUCCGAACCCUCAAACCCUAGCAACAGCAGUAGCAGUGGGGCCCACUCGGCCAUGGCCUCAAAAUGGGCCUCCAUGAAGCAGGGUUUUCAAUCUUUAAAAGCAAACAUCGAGGCCAAGAGAUUUUUACCCCUUCACCAAAUUCAAGAAACACAAAUGCUGUCCCGCGUGUCGUCCUCUGAGUCUUUGGACGAGAUAUUUCAGAGACUGAAACGCCCCUCACAUGAUCGUGGCCGUUACAGUGAUGGUGAAGAUGACGAGGAUGAUUUUGAAAUUAAAGCUUCGGGUGAGAGAAGGACUUUUCUCAAAUGUGAGAUGACACCUGAAAUUUACAGGAAUGCUUUAGGACUUUUCCCAAAUGUGAGAUGA